ACAUGGACCCAAAUCCGCGGGCAACCCUUGAGCGCCAGCAGCUCCGCCUCCGGGAGCGGCAGAAAUUCUUUGAGGAUAUUUUACAGCCAGAGACAGAGUUUGUCUUUCCUCUGUCCCACCUGCAUCUUGAGUCCCAGAGACCCCCCAUAGGUAGUAUCUCAUCCAUGGAAGUGAAUGUGGACACGCUGGAGCAAGUAGAACUUAUUGAUCUUGGGGAUCAGGAUGGAGCAGAUGUGUUCUUGCCUUGUGAAGAUCCUCCACCAACCCCUCAGACAGCUGGGGUGGAUGACCAUCCAGAGGAGCUGAGCCUGCCAUUGCUCGAGCCAGACAGGACAACAUCCCGGACUUCCUCCUCGUCCUCUGACUCCUCCACCAGCCUGCACAGUCCCAAUCCGAGCGAAGGUGGAGCAGACACACCUUUGGCACAGUCUGAUGAAGAGGAGAAUGGGGGUGAUGGAGAAGCACAGCCCCGAACCUGCAGCUAGCAGAGGGCCCCUCCUGCAGACUGAGCGAGCUGGCUGUUCUCCACAUGAACCCUAGGCCCAGCGAGACCCCUUCUGGAGAAUCCAGACACUUCACUUGCAGUGGGCACCAAAGGGAAGGAAGGAUGGUGGGAUGGUGUAUCUCUCUGAGAAUUAAUUUUCUCCUGCUUUACUGCUAACCUUUUCCUGCCACAACUUUCCUGCCAGUUUUUGGCUUACUCCUGAGGUAGGACUUGCAAGUGAGGAGAUGGAAGAUGAGGUAGGACAGGAUGCCGCUGCUUUUCUUAGCACUCCUCUCCCCCCAACUCUAUCCUGUAGUCUUCUAGUAGUCUCCUAAACCCAUGUCUCUAAGUGGAUGUGAACGCAUUAGCACUCCGAUGAGGUGGUACUCCAACUAUUUUGCCUCCUUACAUCCUUUUUGGAAAAGGACAUGGUAUAAAUAAUAAACAAGUAGUAACAUACCAA